AUGCCGACCAAGGCUCUCGGAGAGACGCUCAAGGAGUUCAUCGUCAUCGGACGCAAGCUCCCCACCGAGAAGGAGCCCGUGACGCCGGUCUGGAAGAUGCAGAUCUUUGCCAGCAACCACGUUAUCGCCAAGUCCCGCUUCUGGUACUUCGUCUCUAUGCUCCGACGUGUGAAGAAGGCCAACGGCGAGAUCCUUUCCGUCAAGGAGGUCUUCGAGAAGAAGCCCAACACCGUCAAGAACUACGGAGUCUGGCUGAAGUACGACUCCAGGACCGGCCACCAUAACAUGUACCGCGAGUACCGCGACGUCACCGUUGCCGGAGCCGUCACCCAGUGCUACCGUGACAUGGGUGCCCGCCAUCGUGCCCAGGCCGACCGCAUCCACAUCCUCAAGGUCCAGACGAUCAAGGCUGACGAGUGCCGUCGUGCCCCGAUCAAGAUGUUCCACGACGCCAAGAUCAAGUUCCCGCUUGCCCACCGCGUCACCAAGAGGAUCGGACUUACGCAAUUCACCACCCGCCGCCCGAAGACCCACUUCGCC